AUGGGAGACACCGCCAUGGAAAAGACCGCCGAUGAGCUACGGCAUGAGAUCGAUGAGCUUCACCGUCAGCAGCGUGAGAUUACGGAGAGGCUUCGUGACCCACGUGGACUCCGACGGGGAGGCUUAUCAGGCGCUGCUCCUCGAAACCAAGCCCGUAGAGGCUUUAAUCGACCUGCGGAGAGGAAUGACGUAGAAGAUGAGCCUCCUGCCAAACGGAGAUUGUCUUCCGCCGUUGUUAAGGUCGGAGGUGAAGAGGUUAGUAAGGAUGAAGAAAUGCCAGAUGAUAAUGGCGACGACAACAAGGUUUCAUCAGUUGCUGGAAACGGGAAAUCUGAUCAAUCUGAGAAAAAGCUAUAUGGUCAGCAUCGUGGAAGUUGGUCUCAGAGGGAUGCCGAACGAAGAGGGACCAACAAGGGUUUUGAAGCUGUUGCAAUGCCGGAUCCUGGACCAAGGGUUUUGCGUAGGAACGAGGAUCCUAAUCUGUUUAAUAGGAACAGAAGAAUGAUGGGGAAUCUUCUAGGGACUUUGGAGAGUUUCAGAAAAGAAGAUGAGCAGCUUUCUGGAACAGAUGCAUACGCCCGACGGUCCGCUGCUCUAAAAAGGGCUGAGGAAAAGGCUCGUGAAGAAAGUGAACAACUGAGGCUGCAAGAGCGUGAAAAUAUGACUGAAAAGAGGAGAAGAGAUCUUACUCUUCGAGCUCGUGUUGCUGCUAAAGCAGAACAAAAGAAGCUGGAAUUGCUAUUCCUUCAGUGGAGUGAGCACCAGAAAAAACUUAGCAACUUUAUAAGGACUAAAGCAGAGCCACGGAUAUACUAUGCACUAGCGAAGCCUUUGGAAGAAGAUACAACUGAAGUAGAGAAACAGAAAGAGCAGACGUUCUCAGAAUGGAAGACCGCAAGGAGACAAGAAGUUAGUGAGUAUCAAAAGGAGAUAGAAGAGCAGUAUCUGGGUAAUGUAGAGAAGGAGCUGGAGAGGAGGCAAAACGCAAGGAAGGCGAGGAAAGUGAACAACGAGGCUAUGAACCUGCAGGAAACAAUGGAUAAGGAAUUAGAGACGCAUCAGAUGGAGCAUGGGCCAAAGAAAAGGAAGCUACAUGGACGAGGAGAGGAAGAGGAAGAAGAUGAAGUAGAGGAUAUCAAUGGAGGAGAGGAUGAAAUAAAUAUGGAUGAUUUAUUGGAAGAGGACAGUAAGGAAAUGGCAGAAGCAGUGGAAGGCGAGAUUAAGCUUUAG